AUGGGAAGGCCGAGCCAGACGAGCAGCGAAGAUUCCAUCCUGGACUUGAGGGUGCCGGCCGAGAGGCAAGACAGUGCCCCCAGCCAGAGCAGCGGCCACGGCCCUGCACCAAGUCCCGGGCGCAGCGAGGAUUCCGGGGCAUCCGAUACGGACCUGCACGUGGAAGCGAUGAUACCAACUCUGGUAGAACGCGUUGCCAAGAUGGAUGUGGUAAACCCAGAGGUCUUGAGGGUGACCCCGGUAUUUCGCGCCUUGGAGCAUUUUGCUGCAGCAUUGCGUGUUGGAUCUGCUGGGGAUUUUUACCACAAGAGUCACCAGAGCCAAAGAAUAUCAACAUUUUGGAGUCACUCUUGGCACGGAGGGCAUUGGAAGAAGAUCUUCGCCAUUGUAACUCUCUACAACGGCACUGCUGCAGUAUUCUUGUCUUUGCUCACCGGGGCAUGCAUGAUGUUGCUCUUUAGUCUGGGGACCCUUGCUGGAAUUGACCGUGGAUGGUUGGAUGACAGCUUUCAGUGGUCUUGUUGGUCAACAUUUUCAGGGUUCGUCCUCGCAAAUCUAGUAUUGAUUUUCUGGCGACCACGCACUGCAGUUUUCCUUGACCGUAUAUGUAUCAGCCAAAGUGAUGCUCGCUUGAAGACGGAGGCCAUACUCAGCCUGGCAGGGCUUUUGAAAAAUUCCGACGGAAUGCUUAUUCUGUGGGACCCAACGUGGACUGAGAGGUUGUGGUGCUUGUUUGAGCUUGCCGCAUUCCUGAAAAGCAAGACGUCACAACAGCAGCACCUCGUCGUCAGGCCCAUCUUCAUGGGACCGCUUUCCAUCGCAGUCUAUCUUACUUUUGCUGCUGUUGCAAUGACAAUCGCAACAGUACCUAUACGUGCCCACGAAGAAAAAAGCUUCGUGCAGCUGCUGUCAGCCAUCGUCUUCUGCGCGUUUGUGGUUGCAGUCCCCACUGCCAGCACCAUCCGAAGCUACUUUCGCGACUUGGACACCAUGAAGCUGUAG